AUGGCGAACUUAUUGGGUUAUGUGGGCCGCCGAGGUGUCCCAAACGUUAUUCGUCGAUUUAGCGGCGGACGAUUUAUUGGUGCUACACAUUUCAGGUGUUAUUCAGCGGGUCAGAAUUCGAAAUUAAACUUAACUGAAUCGACUGGGGAAGAUCCAAGCGAAAUUCAGAAGGUAUCAGAAGGAAGUUUGAAUGAGGUAAAACGAGACUUUUCCACCACUGAAAAUGAAGCGGAAGAGUCCGUUCCCUGGUAUUUGCGUGAUGAUUCGUCGUCUCCCUUAUUGGAAACUAAGAAGGUUGAAUUGCCUGUCGUUCCAGAUCAUGCACCCACGACAGUUCAGACAUUUUUGGAGCUACUUUCAGAUGAAUAUGGUUUAGAGGAUAUUGAAUUAUUUGACUUGACGCAAUUAGGUCCUGAAAAUGAGUAUCAUGCAGACAACCAACCAUCUGACUAUAUGAUUAUUUGCACUGGAAAAUCUGAAAAACACAUAUAUAAGGCAUCCAAUGAACUCAGAACGUACAUAAAGCAUAAUUUUGAGUUGAUUCCUAAGAUCGAAGGAAUGGCUUCGAAUAGCAAGACUCCGGCUGCGCGUCGACGUAUGCUUAGAAGGGCUAGAAAAGGGCCUCUUGCAACCGACAAUGAUUAUGGCAGAACACCAAAUAGUUGGGUUAUGUGUGAUACUGCGGUAAAUAAUAUAUGCAUACAUAUCUUGACCGAAAGUAGAAGAGACGAAUUGAAUUUAGAAAGUUUGUGGUGUCGGGAAGAGGAUAUAGAAAAAUACUCGAGGUCGGAGUCCGCCGCAGAAGAAUCUGAUGAUAUCUUUAUUGGUAUUAGAAGGUUCCAUACAAUGACUCCUUUUGCAAGACAUUAUCAACAAACUCGUUUAUACUCAUCAUCGUCGUCAAAUGAAGCAUUGGAAGCCUCUCUCCAUAAAUUGUCAGUGGGAAAUUUAACAACCGAAGACUUAAAACAACAAAUCAAGAGUUUUGAAGCUGAUUUCCAUGAUCCAAGUAUAAAAGAUUAUAAUACCAGAUUCAACUUUUACAGAUCUAUUCACAUCCAAAACCCAGACGUUGUAUCUUUCGACGAAUUAACUUUUAUACUUUUAGAUAAGUAUAGUUCCUUAAAGAUAAUAUUGAAUAAUGACAUAGAUGUAUCAAAAGAAAGAAUUCAAGAUACUGUUGAUUUCAUGAAGUUGUUGAUUGACUCACCUGAAAUUAGAAGACAAUUUGACUUAUCUAAUUCAAAAGGAGUCAAUGCUUACGCUGACGAAUUAUAUGAUACGUUGUCCCAAUUUUUGUCCACUUUAUUCCGGUUUUCGAAGGAACAAAUCGACAUAUCUCGCCAUCCCGAAUUCCUUCCAUUGCUUUGGAGAUUAUCAUUCGUUCAAAAGAAAGAUACGGUAAUUGGUUCUCGAAUGAUCGAUGAUAUUAUCUAUCAAGAAGGUGAUAUUCCUAAUUUACCUGGUCAACCGUCUAUUUUCCAAGCAAAAAACAGGGCAAGAGACAUUUUAGAUUUAAUUAAUUACUACAAUCAAAAAAUAGAUGAAAAUGCUUUACCUACUAACUCCUUUAAGGAAUUACUCCUCUUCACAUAUGGUAAUGCUGGUGACUGGGCUAAAUUCUGGAAUACUUGGGAAGUAUCCUUUAAUUUGUUGAACAAUAGUAAGAUUGACAGCAAAUCGUCCAUUAAGAAUUGGGUGAGAUUGAUAGUUUAUUUGGCUAUUCGUAACGACAGAUCAGCAAUUGUUUACUUUUUGAAUAACUAUUGGAACUGUUCGACAUCCAUUGCAGGUUCCUUUAUUGACGAUUUUGAGUUGAAUAACAAUGCAUUUAGCUCUGAUGAGGAAAAACGGAGUUUCAAGAGCUCGGUCAACAAAAUGCUCAAUUCGAUUAAUAAUGAAAAUGAAGGUAAUCCAAGUUUUUCAAACGUGAAAGAGUUUGUAGAUAGUCUAGAAUAA